AUGACUUCUGAACAAGCAUACUACAACACAGGCUAUAAGAAGUCUAUUUCUGAUACCCACGCCAUAAGGACGGUGGAAAACUCAGUUGAAUACAUCACCAAUGUGCUUCAACCUGAUUUUAAAGUAUUGGACGUUGGCUGUGGACCUGGGUCAAUUACUAUCGACAUUGCCAAGAACUACUUGAGCCAAGGUGGAUCAGUAAUUGGUAUUGAGCCAACCCCAGAAGUUAUCGAUACCGCCAACAACUUGAAACAGUCAAUUGCUGCUGAUGUCGACAAUGUAUCGUUUCAAAUUGGGUCAAUUUACAAAUUGCCCUUUGACGACAACACAUUUGAUUUAGUGCAUGCCCAUCAAGUUGUCGUUCAUUUGGAGGACCCGGUAAAAGCAUUGAAGGAGUUGGCUAGGGUCACCAAACCAGGGAAAUACGUUACGGUGAAGGACGGAGACUUAGACUCUAUUCUUAUUUAUCCACCCAAAUACGAUGUGCUUAAGGAGUACCAAUCAAAGGGUGCAUUAAAUAGAGGGUCCACUGAUUUAAAGGCGGGUAGGAAAUUGCUUUCAAGGGCAAUAGAAGCCGGAUAUAAACCAAGCAACAUCACAACUACAACAUCGACCUUACUGUUUGCGGGACAAAAGGAGACCAAGAAAACUUGGGGCGAUUUGCUCAUCAAGAGGGUCGAAACUGGAGGCGAAGUAUUUGUGGUUGAUGAUGAGAAAAAGAAUGAAGAAGCUAAGCAAGAGGUAAUCAAGGUAUUGCAAGAAUGGAGAGAUGAUGAGACAUCAGUCUGGAGCGCCAUUAAUUUCGAAAUAACUUACAAAAAAGCCUGA